CUAACCGCUGCUCAACUCGACAAAGCUCAGUUAGCCACGAUCUAUCGUAGCUCGUACAGCGUCUUCGCUCUCCCGGUAAAUCAUUAUCAAUAAAACUUACAAAUUGUUCAACAUGGCACGUUACUUCAUCCUCGCUUUACUCGUCGUUUUCUCCAUCUGCCUCAUGCAGGUGAGCGCUGCACCGCAAAACGAUGAAUCUCAAGAACCCAAUUUCCAAGAUGAACUCAAGAAAGCCGGAGACAAAAUUUCUCAAGCUUUUAAUGAUGCCAAGCCUAAGCUCGAGGAGCUCCUCGCUAAAGGCCAAGAAUUUUUAGAUAACUUCGGUAAAAAGAUAAGCGAAGAAGCUGGAAAGAUAAUCCCGAAGAGCGAUGAAAACAAAUCAUCAUGAAUAAAUACUUAACUUAAUACAGCAGCAACCAUUACCUAAACAAUAAUGCAAUGACAUUUGUACUUCUCAAAAAUCUAUUUAAACAAAAUUUAUUGAUCAAUAAAUACUCGUUACUUAAAACGAACUUCAUUUACAAGGUUAAAGUAUUGUACAUUUUAUAUUUUUCUAUUUUGUCAAAGAUUUGUUAUUGUCACAUCCACAUGUGUAACUAAAUUUAAUAAAAAGCACAUUUACACACAGAA